UAAUCUUCCGACAGCUAUGCACGGAAAAGCUUCUUCCAAAGACCAACGAACAAAGAGCAAUAUUAACUUUACUCCUGUCCUGUCUCUUGGUACAACAAUGAAACAAUAUAGUUUGAUUUUGUUUCUCUCAUCCGUUAUUGUCUUCUUCACGACGACCACGGCCACAACCACUUUACCGGCGAGUCUCUCAUCAAAUGCCACAUUUCCGGCGUUGAUAGUCUUUGGCGAUUCGUAUGCCGAUACCGGAAAUAACAAUUACCUCAACACGAUCGCAAAAUGUAAUUAUCCACCUUACGGUAUCAAUUUCGAAGGUGGUACUCCGACUGGAAGAUUCGGCGACGGUGAAGUUUUUCCCGACUUAAUAGCCGAAGGUUUGGGAAUUAAACGAACAAUACCAGCCUCUUUAGAUCCGAGUUUAACACCUCAAGAUCUUCUCACCGGUGUUAGCUUCGCUUCUGGUGGUUCUGGUUUUAACCCUCGGAUAUCCCAAAGCAGGUCAGCGUUGUCAAUGAGAGACCAGUUGAAACAAUUAAAAGAGUACAUAGAAAAAUUGAAACAAAAUGGAGGAGAAGAGACAGCGGAUUAUAUGAUAUCGAAAAGCUUAUUCCUCGUGGUCGCCGGCAGCAACGAUGUGCCCAGCGCUACUGCUGGGAAUUUUCAAUUAGACGUCCCUUCAUACACCUCUUCUGUCAUAAAACUUGCCUCUGAUUUCAUGAAAAAACUAUAUGGAUAUGGAGCAAGAAGAAUAUUGGUCGUAGGUGUACCACCAUUUGGAUGUCUACCAUCACAAAGGACAUUAGGAGGAGGUCUUCAAAGAGAUUGUGAUCAGAAUUACAAUGAUGCAUCAAAGCUUUUCAAUUCAAAGCUCUCUUCGAUGCUGGAUUCACUAUCAGAAACCUUACAAGACGCCAAAUUGGUUUAUUUUGACUACUACAACUCUCUUCUUGAGCUCAUCCAAAGUCCACAAAAAUACGGAUUUGAAGUGGCGGAUAGAGGUUGUUGUGGAACAGGAUUGAUAGAAGUCCUUUGGUUGUGCAACAAAUAUACGACAUCGGUAUGUCCAAAUAUAUCUGCAUAUUUGUUUUGGGAUGGUUAUCAUCCAAGCGAAAGAGCUAACAGGAUCAUAAUCUCGAAGCUACUUGACAAAUCAAUCCCCAUGUUGUUGUGAUACUAUGUAUAUGUACGAGUGUUCAAACUGCAGCAUUUGAGUUUGUUGGUCAAAAAAUAAAACAGUUGCUAUCAACCAUGUUUCUUUUAGUAUGUUGUUUUAAGUAUUUAUUUUGUAAA